AUGAUGGUCAUAGACUCGAAGUGGAUUAGAUCUAAUAUCAAGAUGUUCUCAAGACGAAAGGUUGCCAUUGUUGUUGGUGCAGGGAUAUCUGUCUCUAGUGGAAUACCUGACUUUAGGUCGAGGUCUGGCAUUUUUAAUGAUAUCAAGAAAAACCUGGGAAUUAGUGGUAGUGAUUUAUUCACAUACAGCACAUCGAUGUCCAAAGAGAUGAGGAAGGAUUAUUUGAAAUAUAUGAGCAAGCUUAAGGAUAUGAUAGACCGGGCUGCCCCCUCGCCUACACAUGAGUUCCUUUCUCUUUAUUCCGAUGUUUCCAAAAAGUUCAGAAUGUAUACACAGAAUAUCGAUGGACUUGAAGAAAAGGCUGGUCUAGUUGCUACAAAGGACAGAUCGGCUACGGUUGUUUAUCUUCAUGGAAAUAUGAAGAAGCUGGGCUGUCUGUAUUGUGGAUAUAAGGUAGACUUUGGAGAUACAGAAAGAGAUACAUAUGGUAAAGGUGAGGAGAUCGUAUGUUCUGCGUGCAUAAGACGUAACGAGAAAAGAGGGAAAGAUACGAGGAAAAGGCCGGUCGGGGUGUUUCAUACAACAAUAAUACAUUACAACCAAUCACAUCCGGAUUCCUCUUUUAUUUCAAAAAUGACACAAUAUGAUUGCGAUUGUGAUUUGUUUAUAGUCAUGGGAACAAGCCUCAAAGUUUUUGGAGUGAAAAAGUUGGUGAAAUACUUCUGUAGGCUUAACACAACAAGAGGGAGAAGAAUACUUGUGAAUCUUGAUAAGCCUUCUAGGGAAUUUGGCGAUCUCUUUGAUUUCUUCUGGAAUGGAGAUUGCGAUGAGUUUUGUAAGGCUCUUAACGAAGAGCUAGGUUUAAAGUCCAUGGCAGAAAGGGUUCGAAGGCUUUCUAUAACGAAAAAGGAGGAUUGCCAACAGUCUCCAGAGAAAAAAACUCCUGUUGAAGGUGAUGUAAAGAUAGAAAGAAAGAUGAUAGAAAAAGAGGUUCAGAAACAUAUAGAUUUGUUAAUUAAGUCGUCAAAGAAGAAAGACAGCCAUUCUAGGGUAGAUGGAAGCCAGGUCUAG